CACCGCUAAUAAAAAAAUGUUGACGACGAGCUCAUCCAUGGAGGUUCUGCCACGUGUCCUCAUCGUAAAACGUCCCGGCGCCAUGGCUGUGUUGGAAGAUAGCUUCGUUGCGUCCACCAAGUUUGAGAUUCUGAAAACCUUCGAGUCUCCGCUUCCUCUUCCUGAAUUCUUGGCCGAUCAAUCUCACUCCGUCUCAGCUGCCAUAGCCCCUGUAGCUGCUCCCGUCACAGCCGAUCUGAUUCGUCUCCUCCCGAAUCUUCGCUUGGUUGUAACUACCAGCGCCGGCGUUGACCACGUUGAUCUGGUCGAGUGUCGCCGUCGAGGCAUCUCCGUCGCCAACGCUGGCCCAAGCUUCUCCGAAGAUGUCGUAGAUAAUGCCGUCGGGUUACUCAUAGACGUUUUCCAGCGCAUUUCCGCGUUCGUUAAGCAACAGUUUUGGCCGGAUUAUCCCCUCGGUUCCAAGUUGGGGAGAAAGCGAAUAGGAAUCGUGGGACUUGGAAGCAUUGGCUCGAUGGUAGCUACAAGGCUCGACGAGGCCUUUGGUUGCCAAAUUUCAUACAGCUCAAGAAACAGAAAGCCAUCUGUUCAGUAUCAUUAUUACAUGGACGUAGAGGAGAACAGUGAUGCACUCAUAAUCUGCUGUGAACUGAAUGAUGAGACAAUGCAUUUGAUCAGUAGAGAUGUUCUCUCAGCUCUGGGAAAGCAAGGCGUGAUCGUUAACGUCGCCACCAUAAUCGAUGAGGAAGAAAUGGGCUUGAGGGAAGGUGAGACUGGUGGUGCUGGUUUGGAUGUUUUUGAAGAUGAGCCUAAUGUGCCUAAGGAGCUUUUUGAACUGGACUCUCCCCAUUGUGCUUUCAUGACAUUGGAAGGUUAUAUGGACCUCAAAGUUAAUCUUUUGCUUCAACUAGCAUUUUUUUGCUUCUCUUGAUCUUUUGGUAAUUUUUAGCUAAUG